CGCCCGGCCUGUUCUAUGACCGGACUCUGGAUUGGCGGAGGCCGCUGUCGGUCAGGGCAGUGGGUGGGAUUGGAGAGUGGCUGCUAAGAAGCCAGUGGGUGGGAUAUGGGUAAACGGGGAUCUGGGUGUGUGUUCCGAUGAAUGUCGGCCGCUUUGAGGAAUAUUAUAGCCGUUGUGCUUGAGGGGACAUCGGUGAGGGAGAUAUCUGACGGGGGGGGGUGUGAUUGUCUGCCGAAUCGUUGGCCCCCAUUUCUUUCAACAUGGACGAAACCAUUUACGUCCCCGCUGACCUGACUCCUGAAGAGCGCAUAGAGUUGGAGAAUAUCCGCCGCAGGAAACAGGAACUGCUGGUGGAGAUCCAGAGACUUCGGGAUGAGCUGAGCGAGGCCAUGAAUGAGGUGGAAGGCCUCGAGGCCAACGAAGGAAGUAAAACUUUGCAGAGGAAUCGAAAAAUUGGAAUGGGCAGAAAGAAGUUCAAUAUGGAUCCUAAAAAGGGGAUCGUGUACCUUCAAGAGAAUGAUCUGCUAAGAAACACUGCAGAGGAUAUAGCUCGUUUUUUAUACAAAGGCGAAGGCCUGAAUAAGACUGCCAUUGGGGACUAUCUAGGAGAGAGGGAGGACUUGAACAUUUCAGUACUUCAUGCUUUUGUGGACCUUCAUGAGUUUACAGACCUAAAUCUUGUUCAAGCUCUCAGGCAGUUUUUAUGGAGUUUUCGUCUACCAGGUGAAGCCCAGAAAAUUGACCGCAUGAUGGAGGCGUUUGCUCAGAGAUAUUGCAUGUGCAAUCCAGGAGUGUUCCAGUCAACAGAUACGUGUUAUGUCUUGUCCUUUGCGGUUAUCAUGCUGAACACUAGUCUACACAAUCCCAACGUCCGUGACAAGCCGGGUGUGGAGCGGUUCAUCUCAAUGAAUAGAGGGAUUAAUGAUGGAGGUGACCUACCUGAGGAGCUUCUACGGAACCUCUAUGACAGCAUAAGGAAUGAGCCAUUUAAGAUCCCAGAGGAUGAUGGGAAUGACCUCACACAUACUUUUUUUAAUCCGGAUAGAGAAGGUUGGCUCCUCAAACUCGGUGGGCGUGUGAAGACAUGGAAACGGCGCUGGUUUAUCUUGACCGACAACUGCUUGUACUAUUUUGAAUAUACUACAGAUAAGGAGCCCCGAGGGAUCAUACCACUGGAGAAUCUCAGUAUCCGGGAAGUUGAGGAUCCCAGGAAACCGAAUUGCUUUGAGCUGUACAUACCCAACAACAAGGGCCAGUUGAUCAAAGCUUGCAAAACGGAGGCUGAUGGAAGAGUGGUGGAGGGCAACCAUAAUGUCUACCGAAUUUCAGCACCAACCCCAGAAGAGAAAGAGGAGUGGAUCAAAUCUAUAAAAGCGGCUGUAAGCGUGGAUCCCUUCUAUGAAAUGCUGGCUGCCAGGAAAAAACGGAUCUCUGUCAAGAAAAAGCAACAGAUGCAGCAACAGCAGCAAGAACAGUCUUAGACGACAGAUUUGACAUUGGAGCAGUUUUUCCUUUUGUGGGCUGCAGCCACUCCUGAGCACUCAUUGGAAAGAUGAGGACAGUGAAGAGCUUUGUAUUCCAUUGGCUGUGUAAUGUGAAAACCAUGAGGGCUAUGGCAUCAGAUACAGGAUCUUUGUGGCUGCAAGUGAUACAACUUUCAAGAUUCUACUUGUUUUCUCGUUCGAGGGUCCAGGCCUGUGUUUAGCAGUGGUAGUCACAGUUUUGUGCGUCUGCCAUUUCUUCCUGUGUAAAAUAUUUUGGUUAACUAGGACUCUAAGCCAUGUUGGCAAGUUAGCUUUGUGAUAAAUUAAGAAAAUAAAUAAUUUGCAUGGAAGAGCAAUACAACCCCAACCUAAGCAUUUCAACGGCACAAAAUGUCAAGGACUGUGUGUAAUUCCACACUUUUUUGAAAACCAUAUUCUGUUCUUCCAAAAAAAAAAAAGAAAUUAACUCUUAUCACCCAUCAUUGAUGGUGCUUGAAGGUUCUGAAAGACGGUUGCCAUUCUACCCUACAAUAUCUUUACUUUAGUAUUAUAGAAACAGCUUGUAUCCAUAUAUAGAAUUCUGGUGUUAAGGUCAUAGAACAAUUGCUGCGGAAAUAUGUUUAACAACCUUGAUUGCUUUAUAUGUGAGAGGGUAGAGCGCUAUAUCUUUUGGGAGUCCAACCAUUUUUCAUGUCAAGACACCAUGCGGCCCUAUCCUCCUAAUUCUGGCUCUUAUUGGAAACCUAUACUGGGGCUGGAUGGACAAGAUAUCUAGACAGCUGAUGCAAAGCGGUGACCCAAUGUGUGAGGACCAAGUCCUAGCUGUAUUCGACCUGUCAAUGGCUAGAAACAGGAUUACUUCUACAUAGUACCAGCUACAUUCAUGCUCUAGUAAGCAGAUUAUGGCCACUGUGAUUUGUGCAGGUUUUUUUUUUAUUUAUCAGGUCAGUAAUGGCAGCCUACAAAUUACUUUUUUUAAAGCAUGCAUAGAUAUUGGAUUGUUACCCAGCUUGUUGAUUUCAGGAGGAAUGACUAGAAUGUCCAUGGGUAUUCUCAAACCAAGGUGUGCUUUGCAUCGAAGGCCUCAGUGUCCAAUUGGAAUGUGUGGAAAAAGGUCGGACAAGCUUCAACGCUACCAGGAGUGCUAAGCUUUUCCCACCAAAACAGCCUGUUAUUUUGGUGUGACAGAAGAGUUUGGUUGGUUUGGCCAGUACCCAACCCUGCAGAAGUUUGUAGUUUGGUUCCCCUAUCCAUGUAUAAUGGUAUAUAGGGUGGUUGAACCUACAUGAGCUUUUCACAACAUUUUUCUUUUCAGUAGGUCUAAAUAUUUGCUCAGAGGGGUCGUAGUAAUGGGAAACUUGCCUCUCCCAAAUAAUGUGGCUGAGCCAAGUAAAAAGUUCAUGUAGUUGUUCAUCCUAAAUGCCUUUGGCUACAGUUGGAUGCACAAUCAGAUCUAAAUGGUGUUGUGAAGGUGUAACACACCACAACACUAUGGUUAGAGUACAGCUGGCCACACAUUGACUGCUCUGUAAAUCUAGCCCAGUAGUCUUAUAGCUAGGCCUCUGCCAGAUUUAUUUAUGUAUGUUAUAUUUAAAAUGUACCACCUUUUUAACACGAUAGACAGAUAUUUGAUUCAAUGAGAAUAAGUGUGGUCAGAUAUAACACAACACACCGCUGAUGUGACCAGCCUCUGAUCUACAUUAAAAUAUCUUCUGCUCUGUGAUAUUUGAAUGUCACAAAACCCUUUCUAUUCAAUUGUUGGCUUAAUGGCAUGUUGCGAUUUGCGUUUUUUUCCACUUCACUCUCCUCAUAUGAUGUGUUGUCAGGACAAGAAUUGGCAAAAAAAAAUUCACAGUGGGAACCAGACGGCACAAACUGACAGGGAUUUAACUAUUGCCUACUCUGUGUUUACAAUUAAAGGACAUCUAAAUCCAACCUUUAAGCUUUGGAACAAAUACUAAUGUGAUUCUAAAGCUUCUUGCCACCCAAGGACAUUGGCAGCAAGAUUUUUGCACCACCUAUUUGGUCAUUAUGUGGGGUCUCUCCAGUUGGAUUCUCCAUUUGAUUUUCAAUGGAUUCAAGUGAAAAAUCCAUUGCUUGCAGAUUUUUAUGAUCUAUGCUGGAAAGGGACUACCCCUUAAGAGAAAGAGCAGACCACCAGUGGGAGAUUCUACUUCUGAGGGGGGGGGGGAGGGUGGAGUGGAGUUGGUUUAGAAGCGCCACUGGAGAGUUUAGUACAAGUCUGUGCAACACACUGGCAUUGCAUACAUUUAUGCUGUUAGGGAUUCAUUUACUGAACUGUGGUGGGUCAAAGGAGUGCCCCUGUGAGAAUGUAAAACCUCAGUUAUGUGCAUUGGAAUUUGAAAAACUACAUUUAUUUCUUCAAGAUUGGUUAGUUGAACAUGUGUGCACUUACUUUAGAAAAUUUAAACUCUUGUAUGUUGGGUUCUAAGAGCAUUAAAAAAAAAAAAUGUUAACCCUG